AUGUCGCACUACGAGAAGCUCGUGAAGGGUGCGACGAAGCCAAAGCCAUCGCUUCCGAAGGAGAAAUAUAUAAACCCGAUCUUGCAAGCAGCUGAAGGGUCAAGCAAUGGACUUCAAUCUGUGUUUCGGGCGCUGCAGUCUCGACUGCAGGAUUCGAACAGCACGGUCGUCUUCAAGGCAUUGAUUGUGCUGCAUACGAUGAUUCGUUCGAGCUCGGCUACCUCAGUUCAGUCCUAUCUUGCAGGAGACCCAAGUGCCAUCCGUCUACGUCGUGUAGCUACCAAUGGCCUCGCUGAAUUUUCGUACUCGCGAACGGUAACCCGCUAUGCUACCUACCUGGAGAACCGCAUUAUUAUCUUCCGGGAGCUAGGAUACGACGUGGUACUAUCUGGGAAACGUGAUCGGUUCUCGCGCUUGCGUAAACUGACUGUUUCCAAGGGUCUGCUGCAAGAAAUCUCACAGAUCCAGCGUGUGAUGACAUCAUUGCUGGAUUGCUCGUUCCUGGCGGAGGAACAGCAUGACGAAUUGACUAUGGCAGCGUUCCAAAUGAUCCUCAAGGACCUUAUGACAUUUUACAUGGGCAUGAAUGAAGGCAUUAUCAAUAUGCUAGAACAUUACUUUGAAAUGUCCAAGCCAGAAGCAGAGCAUUCGCUGGAACUGUAUCGUCGCUUUUGCUUCCAGACAGAAAAUGUGCUUGCCUUUUUGGACUCGACGAAAAAACAUUCGUACCAACUUCGCUCUGCGAUUCCAAACUUGAAACAUGCACCGUUGUCCCUCGCCAACGCGUUGGAAGAGUACCUGCACGAAACGGACUUUUCGUCGCAUGCCAGCAAGGACAAACUCAAAACAGACCGACCUAAACCAGCAGCUAUGUCAGAGAAAGAGACCAAAAUCUCGACACUAGAACCUGCCAAGACUGCCCCGACGCAGUCAAGCAAGCAAGCGUUGCAAGACUUUUUCGAAGCGCUCGAAAAACCAGACAUGCCGUUUAACAACGCCUAUGGUGCCUUCUCUACCUUCCAGGCUCAGCCAGAUUGGUUUGGUAUGAAUGCGAUGCCUACAGGAGGACCUGCCGCAAUGCAGCCUGCUAUGACAGGGGGUGUUCUUGGGGCUGCGCCCACAGGCUUCAUGCAGCCGAACAUGACAGGGUUUAAUCCAUUUGCGCCGCAACCUGCCAUGACACCCAUGUAUGCUAGCCAACCUGUGCAUAUGAUGCCUACACAGCCGCUAGCGCCUCAGCACACGAUGGCGACAACGCCUUUUGAUACCAUUUUCGGAUCGAUGUCAUCGCAGCCCACAGUGCCAAAGAGUGCGCCUCUGCCACCCCAGGCACCCUCUUCGACGAUGCCGUCAUCGUCAGCACAGCCUCCAGCAACAAUGGCACAUACCAUAUCACCAGUUGAUUCUUCCUCCAAGCCAUCAGCUCACGUCGAGAAACCACCGACAUCCAAGGUGUCCUUUGCGGAAGAGACCAAGACUGCCGCUUCUAUGCCUCAUACCCAGUCCAUCAAGCCGCAGAAGACAGGCAGCAUGAACCCAUUCUCGAUUCCAAGCGACUUUGAAGAGCCCAAAGUGGAGAAGCCGCCUCCUGCUAGGCCUACCUUGAAUGAAUUGGCCAUGCAGGCGUGGACGAGCAAAAAUCAACCUGCAGAGACGACAGACCAGCCCGCUGUAUCAUCGCAGACGUCGACAGCGUCUACGAUGCGACCGCAACCUACAGGCCUGCUUGGCAGUGUUGCCUCAGAAUUUGUCAAGCCACAGGCUCCUUCAACGGCUCAGGUGGCGCCUUCUCACCCAACGACAAUGUCUGGCACCAAUCAACUGUCACUCUCCCCACAAUCCACAGGGACCAAACCAGCUACCUUGGGCACCCAGGCUUUCUCUGUGUCACCGCAGCAUACGGGCUUUGCACUGCCACAGGCCCAUAUGCCCGCGUCAUCAUCACUAACACGGUCCCAAUCUCUUAUGCACGGCAUGGCCCUGCAGAAUGCCAAUAGACCGUCGCUGGACAUGUCACGAUUUGGCACAGAUGGUGUUGGUUUGGGCAUUUCUCAGCAAACGACCCUUUCUCCGUCUUCAGGCAUGCUGGGAUCACCCAGUGCAAUCACAGGUUCCAUGUCUACUCCUAUGACUGGCUCAGUGCGCUCGAACAGUAUGGGAUUGGACGCAUCCAAGUCGAGCUUGGCACCGCACUUCACAGGCCUGGACGCCCUAAGACCUGGUUUGGCGUCCCAUACCACCGGGUUGGAUACGCAACGAUCCAACCUCACCACUCAGCUGGCAGGACUUUCCCUUCAGCCUACGGGCCAACACGCUUUGCCGACUUCGAUGGAUCUUCCGCGCCCUGGGAAUGGCUCGCAUCUGCCACAGACCGGUGUAGAGCCACGAGGCAUGAACUUCCUGCCGCACCUACCAUCCACGGGUCUUGACUCGCGUUCCAUGGUACCUUCGUCGUCGCAGUUCCACCAAGACAGUAUGCCGUCCUUCUCAUCACGCACAGGAUCCCUGGCACCUGAUCAAAUGUCGUCGAUGGAACUGCAGGCCCAAAUUACAGGUCUUACGGGUAUCAAGCCUUUCCAGCCGUCUAGCUCGUUUGGUACGAGUAUUAUGCAUGGAAACGUGCCGAACGCGAGCACAAGUUCGAGCGUGGGUAUGGGCUCUCACAAUACAGUCCACGAACCGCCCACACAAGAUCUUCUCCAGCUGUAG